UAACAAUAGCGUUGGUUCCCUUCACAUCCAAUGAUCCAAUACUCUAUUAUAUUGGAUAACCCCUCUCCUAAGCUAUAGUUCCAUUGAGGUUUGGCAAUGAUUGAAGUAUAGACCCAUGUACAGCUUUUUUCAUAAGCUAUGUGCCACAUACAAUUCUGAUUGCUUCACCCUUCCCUUCUGAUUGCUUCACCCUUCCCAUAACCUCCAAGGGAGGCAAGGAACUUAUUCCCCUAUGUCUCCUCUAAACCAUUCUCUUCACCACCAUCACCCUCUUCCUCCCGAUUUCUUUGCCACCAUGGAAGAUUGCAACAUGCUCGCUGCAGAUUGCGUUGUGAUCUCGUGCUGCUGCCAAUGCUUGGUCCUCCAAAUCACCAUCUUCAUCUUCUUCAAGCUUCCUUGCAAGUUGAUCAAGAAAACAAGGGCCUACACCAUGAAGAAGCUUCAACAAAGAAAGAAAAAAGGGAUUGUUGUGGAAAGCAGAACAGUAUAUCAAUGUGAAAACGACAUUGUGAGUAUCCUCGGAGAAUCUAUGAGAUCUACGGAGGAAAUCCACAGUUGCAGUUGUUGCAUAGAAGAGGUGGACAAGGUUCUAGAGGAGAUGUAUCAGAGAGGAGAGUUUGGAUUUGGAAGCUUUUGGGGUGGAGGAGAACUGGGUUUCUCUCCAACCCAUCGUUUAGGAAAAGACGAUCAAUUCAACCCUAGUUUUGUACGAUAUCAUUUGAUUGAAAUGAAUCAAAGGUUUGACUCAGUUAGCUAUUGAGUACUAACGCAGCUUAGCUAGCUAUAGCCUGGUCAGAUAGCCAUUGAUGAACAAAGUUCGUCAUGUAAUUAUGUUUGGAUCGGGUUCUGCAGAUAAGCAACCAGCGCCAUUGAUGAACAAGUUCUGGAAGGAAUGAGCUGGUUUGAGCUUCAGAA